AUGGCCAUCGAUCCUCAACCAAGUUCCCCUUCGCUGUCCUCCGAGACCAUUGCAAACGACAAUAUCGGCAAUGACAACAAUGUGAACGAACCCAGCGUCGAGCCAAAGACACAAGAGCAUCAGCAUCCAGUACCACCUCGACUCUCUCGAAUCUACAGUCAAGCACACCAUAUCAGUCCAUCGUUCAUCGACCAGAACUAUCCAGGAGAAGGCACAACACAGUCUCCUUAUCGCAUCAACUUCCUCCCCGAUGAUACUCAAAAUGCUCUGUUGUUUCCCCGAUGGAAGAAGUGGGCGUUUGUUGGUCUUCAAUCUCUAGCAUGUCUCGCAACUACAUUUGCCAGUUCGGCGUAUUCAGGUGGUAUCAAGCAAGUCAUUCGCGCUUUUGGCAUCUCCCAAGAAGUCGCUACGCUUGGAAUAUCCCUUUAUGUCCUGGGUUUUACGUUCGGUCCUUUGAUCUGGGCACCAUUGUCGGAGCUUUACGGGCGAAAGAAGGUCUUUUUCUACACCUUCAUGGUUGCAACAGCAUUCAGCGCUGGAGCAGCCGGAGCGGGAUCCAUCGCCUCUUUGUUGGUUCUUCGAUUCCUUACUGGAUCUAUUGGCUCUGCACCUCUUUCCAAUGCGCCAGCUCUCAUUGCAGACAUGUUUGACAAGUCGGAGCGAGGCUUGGCUAUGUGCAUGUUCUCGGGAGCCCCUUUCCUGGGACCCGCUAUCGGCCCCAUUGCGGGAGGCUUCCUUGGCGAGGCUGCAGGUUGGCGCUGGCUCCACGGGCUCAUGGCCGCCUUCACUGGCGUUACCUGGAUUGCCUGCACCGUCUUCAUCCCGGAGACAUACGCGCCGUACAUCCUGCGCAAGCGCGCCCAGCACAUGGCGAAGCUCACGGGCAAAGUAUACAUCUCCAAUCUCGACGCGGACAAGCCACCAAGCUCGGCUGCUCACCAGCUCAAGAACGCGCUCACCAGACCCUGGCUGCUGUUGUUCAAGGAGCCUAUCGUCUUCAUUACCUCCAUUUAUAUCUCCAUCAUCUACGGCACCAUGUACAUGUGCUUUGCCGCGUUUCCCAUUGUCUUUCAGAAGGGGCGAGGCUGGAGCCAAGGAAUCGGUGGACUUGCAUUCACUGGCAUUGUCAUCGGAGUUGUUCUCUCCAUCAUCAGCUUCGCCUUUGAAGACAAGCGCUACGCUCGUGCGGCUCAGAGGAGAGGUGCCCCGAUGGAGCCCGAAGACAGACUGCCACCAGCCAUUAUGGGAUCUCUUCUCAUUCCCAUUGGCUUGUUUUGGUUCGCUUGGACAACCUUUCCUAGUGUACACUGGAUCGUCCCCAUCAUCGGUACCGUGUUCUUUGCCUGGGGUCUCGUCCUUGUGUUCAUGGCCCUCUUGAACUAUCUCAUUGACUCUUACGUCAUCUUUGCUGCAUCCAUCAUGGCAGCAAACUCUGCCCUUAGAUCACUGUUUGGUGCCGCCUUUCCUUUGUUCACAAGGCAGAUGUAUGACGGCCUCGGAGUUCAGUGGGCAAGUUCCAUCCCAGCCUUCCUUGCGCUAGCUUGUGUCCCCUUUCCCUUCCUCUUCUACAAGUACGGACGCCAGAUCCGCAUGAAGUGUGAGUACGCUGCAGAGGCUGCCAACGUUCUUCAGAAGAUGCGGUCUCUUCAUGUUACUGUAACAGAAGAUGACGCCAUGAAUGAGGCUGAAGAGAUGUGGAGGGCUAGAACUCACAACAGCCACGCAUCAGCCGCUCACAGCCACGGUCAUCGUCGAUCUCAGAGCUAUACUCGCUCUGUUUGA